CACACUUGUGCACACACUGAGGAGGAGAGAGAGACUUGUGCGCACACCGAAGAGGAAAAAAGAAACUUACGCACACACUGAGGAGGAAAGAGAGACUUGUAAACACACUAACCAGAGAGAGAGAGAGAGAAGACAUCAGGUGAUCCGGCAGGAGUGACUUCAAAUAAAAACACAACGAGCCGAAAAAAGAGGCAACCUCCUACCCAGGCGCAUCCAUAAAAUGAAUUCGGACUCGAGCUCCAGCAGAUCUUCCUCUCCAGACAUGGAUGGGAUGUACCACCACCAUCACCACCACCAUCACCACCAGGACGGCCUGCUAAACUCCGUGUCCUCCACCCAGAACGAGCUGCUGCAGAAGAUGGCCAGCGAGCACCUCUCCAAGACGCCCAGCGGCAGCAAGUACAAGCUGAAGAAGCAGGUGACCGAGCAGGAGAUCCAGCAGCUGCGGCUCAAGAUCAACGGGAGGGAGCGCAAGCGCAUGCACGACCUGAAUUUGGCGAUGGACGGGCUCCGAGAGGUCAUGCCGUACGCGCACGGGCCUUCCGUGAGGAAGCUCUCCAAAAUCGCGACGCUUCUCCUGGCUAGAAAUUACAUCCUGAUGCUCACGAGCUCGCUGGAUGAGAUGAAGCGGUUGGUGGGCGAGAUUUACGGCGGACACCACUCUGCGUUUCACUGCGGGACGGUGAGCCACGGCGGCGCGCACUCGGCUGGCGCCGCGCACCAGGUGCAUCAUCCUCUCCUCGGGAGCGCGCUGAGCGGGUCCACCUCUUCUACGCUUUCGUUACCUGGACUUACAUCCAUUAGGGCUCCGCACACUUUGAUGAAGAGCACCCCGACUCCUCCGCUUCAGCUCGGCGGGAGUUUCCAGCACUGGGCGGGUCUUCCGUGCCCGUGCACGAUCUGCCAGGUCCCGCCGCCUCCACACCUGCCCAUCACCGCCACCGGACUGAGCAGGAUCUCCACAGAGAACAAGGAAGUGAUGAAGUGAACACAUCACUGUGUGUGUUUGCGUGCGUGUGCACUGUAAAAGUAUCCGUUAAUUAAUAUAGUGUCCGCGUUUUUGGUUUAUUUACGGUUGUGAAUUGCAUCAUGAGAUUUUUUUAUGCUGACCAUUUUCACUCUCUAGUUUUACAAAGUGACUUUUAUUGACAUUUUAGUAGUUUGUAAUAAUAUAAUGCAUACAUUGAGAGGAAUACGUGUGUAAAAUAAAAGAAAUUGUAGUUUAUUACAAGGUUUUUGUAUAGCGUAAUUGGUGCGCAACACAAACCCAGAUGAAAUGUCACUUUAAACUAUUAAAAGUGAUCAUAAAAGUCACUUUUUCAAACUUUUUGCAAGGUUAAAAGUGGAAGAAGACUGAUCGAGGCCACACAAUGCAAUUCACAACCAUAAGCAAUUAAAUAAAAACGUGAAUCACAAAAUACGGGCAACCGCUAAUAUACGGAUAUUAUUUUACAGUGCAGCCUAGUGAACUGGACUUUUGCAUGAUCUGUUUGUUUUGUCUGUCUGUGUGUCUGUUUUAGACCUUACGAAUUCACAAGUUCGUCCUUGUAACAAGGAUCUCAUCGAUUGCUUUUGUAAGGUGACUCCUCUACUGUAAAUAGCGCGCGCGUUCACUGUAAAUGAGAGAUUAAAGUGUCUAUUUGGAGGUGAAUAUAUGUGUUUGAAGCUGCCCUGGAAACGCGAGCACUCCCCUGACGAGAGUACGCGGAAAAAUAGCAGAUAUUCGCUGAUAAACAUGUCUGAAGUUCAGCCAGUGCUUUACAAUGUUAGUUAAUGUAUCUACUAACACGAACUAUACAUUAAUUACAUGGUUUAUUCAGCAUUGUUAAUGUUGAUGAUGCAAUGCAAUGCAAUGAACUUAUGUUAGCACACAGUGCAUACUGUGAAAAAGAGAUUGCUGACUUCAAAUUUUAGUUGAAUCAAAUUUAAUUGUUUAACUUACAAUACUCAAACUGACUAAUGUUAAGUUAAACUUUGGAGACCUUGAAAAAUAGUUGAAAUCUGAUUAGCUUAUUAAAAUAUGGUUGGCUGUCUUGACUUUUUGUCAUUGCAUCAUUUACAGUGCUUUCAAGCAUUAUUUUAAUGUUGAACUGUGAUUAAUAAAUGCUGUUAAUUUUUAGUUGAUGUUAAUGAAUACAUUAACUGAUGAAACCUCAUUGUAAAGUGUGACCGAAGCUCCUGUGUUUUUGGCGCUAAACUCGUAUGAGGAAACUUGAUCACGUGAUUUGCACGUUUUUCUUCGAAGGGCAUGAAAAGACGAAUUCCACGUGUUCCUUGUAACAAGGAUUGUGAAAUAUGACAUUUCAGAUGAAAACCGUACGACUAUGGAUUUAGUUCGCACUAGAGUGUUAUUAUUAUUAUUAUCGAUUAUUUUAUUCACCCAUUGUCAGCCUGAGUAAUUCAGUCGUGUUAUUUCUGUGUCGUAUCUUUAUUUGAAAUUCUUCAGCAUGGCAUCUUGUUCAGACAAACCUGUAAGCAUGAUCCUUUUUUUUCCUGGGAAAGUUUUGUUAUUCCAGAGAGAUUGCCGUGGUCUUUAUUUUUGUACAUUCUUGUUGACAAAUGAGAUAUUUAUUAUUGCCCAGUGUUCCUGGAUGAAAUUUCAAUAAAACGUACUGUUAUAAAAAUGAAA